AUGGUCAUCAGAAAGUGCAACAUCUGUGACCGUCGGUUUAAGAAGACGGAGCAUUUCAAGCGCCAUGAACGAUCACACACCAAGGAAAAGCCUUACGAGUGUAGUGUCUGCCAUAAGCGAUUUUCCCGCAGCGAUGUGUUGAGCCGUCACGCCAAAGGACAUAAUACGAAUGGAACAGCUGCGACUGCGACUCCGGCGCAGAAUAAGCCGCGCGCUCCGUCGACCGCCCAGCCUCCCACUCCUCAGCAACCGCCCGCUCAGACCGAUCCUGCCCGCUUCCUGUCAAUGGACGGCGAUGCUCAUCCGUCGCACAAUCUCCCUGUCGCGCCGCGCGAUAUCUCGCUUUCCAAUCCUGCCCACCUCCAGUCUUCGUCGCUGAACUUUCUCGCGGACAUCUCCGCCCACCAUGGCCGGGCCGAACCGGAUGUCGGGUCCAUGAUGGUCGAAGAACAGCAGACGUAUUUCGGCUGGAACGAAAUGCCCGCUCCUCCGCCGCCUCAGCCUGUCGCUGCUCCGCCGUCUGAUCAGCAGGCUUACCGAACGCCGAUGUUCGAUGCUAUGCCGAACGAUAUGCUACAGUUUUGGUUGGAGCCGCGCGGGGACACCGCCUCACAUCAUGGGUCACUUGAUAUGUUGGGCGAGCCCAGUUUCAGUCUUAUGGGAGAUAAUGUGGCAAUUACGCCGGAACAGCAAGCCCGGCCGUCGAACGACGAUCUAAGCAGCAAACAUACUGGAGAUAUCCCCAAUGAGCGAUUCGCAAGGGUCCAAAGGUACUGGGUGGCCCCGUCAAAUGCCGCCGGGAGACUCGUGAACAAUCUUUGGCGGGACAUUGCUGCCAGCGACGUUGAUAACAUUUUCUCUCUCCAACCCUCGCAUUCUUUCCAUAGCCCGUCUGGACUGCUUCCCGGAUCUCGAUAUGGCCUGGACGAGGAAUGCCGUCAGCAGUUGCAAGCGGUUUUCGGAAACCUUAGACACUACAACCAACUACACUCCCCGAAUAGUGCGGUAUCGCCUACGUCCAGUUCGACUUUUGGAGGCCGUCCAAGUUUUCCUCCAGCUGAGAUACUGGACAUGGCUCUUGACUUAUACUUUCGCAAUUUCCACCCUCUUAUCCCUUUCGUUCAUGUUUCGACUUUUUCGGUGAAGAAUACUCGUCUCCCAGUGCUAUAUGUCAUGUGUCUCAUUGGGAUGAUCAUGUUAGGGACUAAAGGAACAACUACUUUUGUCGCCAAGAACUUUUCCUUUGUCCUGGAACGGAUCACUGCCGACCUCGCAAAAUGCGCGGUGGGUGUUGAGAACACCUUGGACACUAUGAACACCUUCGCGGCUGCCUUCCUCUUCCUCAACUUGGCGGCGAUGACGGGGCAGCAGGAAAAAGAACAUCUUGAGAAAUCGCAGAUGCUUUACGUCAACCUCAUGUCGUCAAAGAUCGCACAACGCCAUGGUCUGUUUGCAGCUACUGAAGGACAAAUACUCGAUAUCACCCUCUUCGAAGCGGUACCUGAUAUUGAUAUCAGGUGGAAAACCUGGAGCAAAGUUGAAUCCGUCAAGCGGUUGAUUACUGGGCUUCUCUUAUUGGAUUCCUGGUAUUCCUCUUUCCUCUCGACCAGUCCCAUUAUCGUUCCCGACUCAAUCCAACUCAUUCUACCCUGCAACGAAGGUCUCUUCCGGGCCAACGGCUCCAUGCGAUGGAUUCAAUUGGUCCGUAGCGGCAAACGUCUACUAAUGCCAACAGUCAUGGCACCUUCGGAGAACGUCACCGUGCCCGUCUUGGAAAGCCCUGUCGACGAUUUUUGUAUUCACGGCGUUCUAGCAAUGGUCCAGCUCCGCUUAUCAGAAGCUUAUCACCGCCUUCUUUCGAAUAGGGCAAGCUAUCCUUUUGCACCUUGCCAUACGUAUGCCAUGGAUGGACGCGCCAGAUGUUUACCCUCACUCCAGCUGCAAAUUGCAGACAAAUACGGCGAGGUUCUCGAGCGGCUCAAUCCUAACGCCGCCGUCAUGUGGCACAACAUAUGCAUGACCUUAACCGCAGAUACUCAAAUAUUCGAUCUAGCUGCCGGCCGCGCAGGACCAGGACCCGCCAAGAAAGCCCUAGAUGACAUUGCAACCUGGUCACAGACACCAGCUGCCAGACGAGCAUGCCUUCACGCCGCACACAUCUACAAGGCGAUGACCAACCGCAAAGCAUCAGAUCACACAAUGUUCCACUCGGUUUUCUCUCUGUUUUCAGCAGCCCUCGUCCUCGGCCUCUACAUCUUCAUGGUACCGAACCCCAGUGAGCUACAAGUCGGCGGGACGUCAAUCGAACUCCUUGAUGACAUCGACUGGGAGCGUGUCGGGACAGAGGGAUUCACCAGUUUUAUGGAACCACGCGGGACUCAGACAUUCACGCCGUCGGAUGAUCCGGCAGUGAACUUCAUUCGGAAUGGAGGCACUGUUUAUUUCCGUGGUGUACCGUUUCAAGGUGGGUAUCAGUCUGCAAGACGUAUCCUGCUGGAUUAUGCAGGCCUCCUGAAGGAUGCGGGGAAGUGGAGCGUACGCAAGUUUUCGUAUGUUCUGCAUAUCAUGAGUGAUGUUCUUAUGGAGGUUGAGUAG